GCAAACCGACAGAAAACAUAAGUCGACACAUAUAUUUCGUUCUCUCAUUUUCUCGCUCGCCGAACAGCGUUUCUUGAGAGAGAGCCGGACUUAAUCCGAUCAUUUGGGGUUUGCUCUUCAGUUCCUACAUAUCGAAACCCUAAUCCUCGGAUCAGGUCUGCGUGUUCUCAUUGUUUGGCACCUUCCAUCAGUUAAGUUUCAUGUCUGAUCCCGACAUCCAGAUUCCUGCUGCUUUUGAUCCCUUUGCCGAUGCAAAAUCUGAGGAUUCAGGUGCUGCUGGGUCAAAGGAGUACGUUCACAUUCGUAUACAGCAGCGAAAUGGCAGGAAAAGCUUGACAACUGUUCAGGGGUUGAAGAAAGAAUACAGCUAUAACAAGAUACUGAAGGACCUUAAGAAAGAAUUUUGCUGCAACGGCACUGUUGUCCAGGAUCCAGAAUUAGGACAGGUUAUUCAACUUCAAGGUGACCAGCGUAAGAAUGUGUCAACCUUCCUUGUUCAGGCUGGCAUCGUGAAGAAGGAGCACAUCAAAAUGCAUGGUUUCUAAGCAUCGGCACCUCUAAAUCCCUGUACUGUUCAUCCGUCUCAUAUGUGCACCCAGAACGUAUUCCUGCAUCUAUACCAUCUAUGUUUGUUUAGAUAUCCUGUUUGUCGAACUUUAUGACGACUUGCUGUGUUGGUCUUUACUAUCGAACAGUGAAUAAAUCUGUAGUUACUCUCCUUGUUCUCUGUACUAGCUUUGUUGCUUGUAAGAAUUAGUAGGGCGUUGAUGUUCCA